UCGCUGCGUCACUGGUGUAGACGGAAGUGUGUGUGUGUAUGUGGUGAGUGGAUGUGUGUGUUGUGUGUGUGUAGCGGUAUCGGGAGGGAGGCGGUUCGGUACAGUUCAGAUUUUAACCCCUGGAUGGUCAGGUGAGCGAUGCUCGGCCGAGGAUGGGACAGUCGCUGUGUAUCUGCUCUCGCAGCGCCAUCACCAUCGACAACAAGAGAUACUACUUCAUUCAGAAACUCGACGAGGGAGGAUUCAGCUAUGUGGAUCUGGUGGAGGGCGCCCAGGACGGCCGUUUCUACGCCCUGAAGCGGAUCCUGUGCCACGACCGCGAGGGACGCAAUGAGGCGCAGACGGAGGUGGAGAUGCACCGGCUCUUCAGCCACCCCAACAUCCUCAGCCUGACCGGCCACGCCUUCACCGAGCGCAGCGGCAAGAGCGAGGCCUGGCUCCUGCUGCCCUACAUCAGCAAGGGCAGUCUGUGGUCAGUUCUGGAGAAGAUGAGGGAUAAAGGAAGCUCCAUGGCUGAGAGUCGGGUUCUGCAUGUUUUGCGUGGCAUCUGUGAAGGUCUCAAAGCCAUUCACGACAAGGGCUACGCCCACAGGGAUCUAAAGCCCACUAAUGUGCUGCUGGAGGAGAACGACCGGCCGGUACUGAUGGACCUGGGCUCCAUGAACAAAGCCCGUAUAGAAGUCAGAGGCUCCAGAGAGGCCAUGACCAUACAGGACUGGGCAGCUCAGAGGUGUACCAUCUCGUACAGAGCUCCAGAACUCUUUAAUGUGGAGAGCCACUGCAUCAUCGAUGAAAAGACGGAUAUCUGGUCGUUAGGUUGUGUUCUGUACUGUAUGAUGAUGCUGGAGGGACCGUAUGAUCUGAUCUUCCAGAAGGGGGACAGCGUGGCUCUGGCUGUACAGAACCCGGUGACCAUUCCUCAGCCGUGCAGCUACUCUGCAGGACUGCAGAACCUCCUCAGCUCCAUCAUGGUGACCAAUCCUCAGGAACGUCCCGACAUCAACUGGGUCCUGGAGCAGGUGAAGAGCCUGCAGGGCUCGGACGCGGGACCUGUGGACACCAACAGGGUAUGAUGGUCCCUGCAGGGGAGCUCCGCCCCCUCCGGUCACUUCCUGUGGACAGUUUUUAUCUGGACUAUGCACUCACUCUCACUCUUUCUCACUCUCUCACUCUCACUCGUUCCCUGAUUCAGCUCAUACAUUAACUUCUGGCCUCAUAAACAUGAGCUUACCUUUACCUUAGUGAACUCCUGGGUGAUGUACAGCGGAGUUCACUGAUUCGGGAUCAGUCACGGUGGAGCGAAUGGACGUGUUGGAAGUUCUGAAGCUCUGGGUCAGACUGUGAAAUAUAUUUUAAGGUCAUUAUGAGUGAAAAUCACCAUGAUAUCGGUUUAUAACCCAACUUGUGAAGAUCUGAUCUGAGCUGUAGCUGAGUGAAGCUGAAGGCUGCAGUUAAAAAUAGUUAAGUUUUACUAUUUUAAGCUUUGUUUCAGUGUUUAAAGGCCUUUGAAGAAGAAGAAAAAAGCUCUAUGGAGAAUAAAGGAUAAAAAGGAUGUUUUUUUUUAGUAAGAAACGUUUACUGGUGAAAUAUCAUGACCUCGUUUAUGUAGAACGUACAUUAUUACUCAAAAGUUUAAGAACACCCCCAUUUUUUUUUUUACUUUUUUUUUGCCAUUUAAGUCAAUUAAGUUCAGUCAAUAACUAGAAAUGGUACAAAAUCCAGUGUAAAAAUGUUUUUGCUCAACUAAAAAAAUGGACGAAAAGCUACAAACAGUAGUUUAGAAAACAAAAUAGUAUACGGUUGGAUGAAAAUUAUAUAUGGUUUAAAAUAGAGGGGCUGAUUUGAAGCAAACCGUUCAUUGGUUAGAGCUUCAAUUUUUAGAAAAUUCAGGUAAACCUCAUUAACAAUAAUUCCAAGAAUUUACAGUUUAAAAGGGAUUGAAAACAUUUAGAUAAGAAAUUAGAAAUAAUAAGAAAAUAAAUAAAAGAAAUACACAUUUUUAAUAAACAUUUAAAAUUCCCCUUUUAAGCAUAGGAUACUUUCACUUAUAAAAUUGUAAAUUUGGUGCCUAGUUUGCGGUUUUAAGUUUUAUUGUCAUUUUACUGUAUUAUAAAUAUAUAUAAUUUUGUUUUUUAUAAUUGAUUUGGAAUGGCAGCGGGUUAUAGAGGUUUGCUGUUUAUUGGAGGACACUGUGUGAUGUGUGUAAUGAUGCAUUUGCACUCGCAUGUAAUUUAGCUGGGAAUUACAGUAUGUAAUUGUGGAAAUAUGCAUAAUAAUUUUGUUUAUUUCAAAAUUAUUAAUUCUCUUUUUUAUUAUUAUUUAAGGUGAUUAAAAAUAAGGAUAUCAAUCAUAA